AUGGCGGCCUCAAGCAGAGGCGCUUUCGCCGUUCUAGGGCUCCUACGAAGUGCUCCGACAGCAUCCCCCAGACUCUGCCGACAAUGCGCUAGAGUCCAGAUCAGAGCUCCCUCGCGAGCGUACUCGGGCGCCACCGCCGCGGCCACGACGACCCCUCCCCCUCCUCCGCCGACCUCCAGCAUCCCCCCCGAGCCCAAGGCCACGACGCAGAGCGGCCCCGGCUACCGCAUCAAGUCGGGCGUUGUCGUUACGCGGGCGCCGCUCCUCACGCGACCCCUGACGGACUUUGAGGAGUCCUACUUCUUUUACCAGAAGCGUCUCAAUGAGCGGCUGACGCUGCCCUUCAUCACGUCCGUCUACUUCAAGCCCGACACUCCUGCCCUCAUCGACUGGAACAUGAAGGUCAAGGAUCGCCAGGGCACCGUGGCCAAGGAACUCGGCGUGUACAACGGCAAGGCGUCUCGCGCUUGGGACGACGAGUUGACGGUUGGCGACUCUCUGAGCAAGCACGACACUACGCGAGAACUCAUUCUCAAGGACGCCAUCAUGCGCGUCAGUGACGAUGCCGAGAUCAUCCCCGAGGAGGACCGUGUGCCUCCCGAGGCACCCCAGCCGCGUGUAUCGGAUGCGGAUAAGAAGAACGACAAGAAGAGACUGGACCGCGCUAUGGACCGGACACUGUACCUUGUCGUCAAGAAGGAUGGCAAGUGGGAGUUCCCCGCGGCGGGACUUAGCACGGAGGAGAACCUUCACGAGGCCGCCCAGCGCGUUCUUGAGCAGUCUGCCGGUGUCAACAUGAACACGUGGAUGGUCGGCCGCGCGCCGGUCGCGCAUCACGUCGUCAAGCCUGCCGUUAAGCAGGAUGGUAGCCUUGAGCGCAAGGGCGAGAAGACCUUCUUCCUCAAGUGGCGCAUCAUGGCCGGCCAGGCGGACCUGGCGAACAACAAGCACGGCUACAGCGAGUUCCAGUGGCUGACGAAGGAGGAGCUCAAGGAGGCGCUGCCGUUCGAAUACUACCGCAGCGUGCGGAACAUGUUGGCCGACAGGUAA